AUGGGGGGUUGUGGCGAGAACUGGGGACCAUACUUUGAUUGUUACACCCGAUGUUCAGGUCAGGUCACUAAGUUAACAUCAGGAGAAGAGGGCAACGAAGCGCCGUUGGCGCGUGAAAUCGGUCGCUUCGUUAUCCAAAUAUCCGCGAUCGCUAUCACCUUUGCCAUCAUUUUCUUCGUUCGUUGGAAUAACUACGGUUUACAAAGGAAGAGCCGCCCAGACUGUGACAUCCGCCGUGUCAAUAUUGGUUGCUUUUGUCCCAGAAGGAUUGCCUAGUGUUGUCACAUUGCUCCUGAGUAUUGCAGCGAAGAGGAUAUAUAACAAUAAUAUUUAAACGAACCUUCCUCGUCACCUCGGACUCGGCACCGCCAGCGGCCCCCCGCUGGCCCACAUAUUUCAAUGUGAAAUAGGAGGUUUAUUGUCACCCACCUUGCUCGACACUAUCAUCAUGCAUAUCCCAAACAUCAUAUGUUCCGCGAAAUCUGGAGGCGACUGGACGCAGAACGAGCUAGACGCGUUUAACAUUCACGUUGUAGUUGAAGACAUGGCCACCUUUUUCGGGUCUCCCAACUUGCCUGCGCCUACGGUAGAUCCUAUCAUCCUCACAGAUCUCUACACACCUUCUGGACCAUUGACGAAAUCUACCCGACUCUUCUUCCGUUACUUGGGAGAUAUUAUAGGAAGUUUUCCUUACAGCUCUGCUAUCGUUACUUUCACCUCGCAUCUCCUUGGUUUGUUGGGCUAUGACGAACCUGAUCGUGUUCUACAUCACCAGACAGAGAUCCGCUUCAUAAUGUGUGGCGCGCGCGUUGAAGCUAAGCCGGAUAUCUGUCUUCUGGAUAGUGACGACGAGUAUAUCCUUCUUGUUCAGGAGGACAAGCGUCGGAGGAGUACCGAAAAUCCAGAGUCCCAGCUCAUCGCAGGGGCAAUAGCGGCGUUUCAUGAGAACGACAGGCGUCGCAGUCUUCUAGGACUCCCGGCUGCACAGGCCAAAACAUUCGUUGGGAUCACUAUUUUCAGCACUGUUCCGACAUUCUACAAGAUUCCUAUCACGUCUGAUCUCCUCCGAUCUGUUAGGACCGGCCAAUUCCCCCCUCAGCAAACCGUUGUUCACAAGCUAAUCACUCCAUUUCCAUUUCGGAAAACCUACAGGAACGGAAUGCACCCUUUGGAGAAUCGGCGCAUCGUUCUCCAGUGUUUUGAAGCUUUGAAGCGUUUCGUUUAGUACUAGCCCUAGCAUUGCGUUGUGGCGCUUGUCAUGAGAACGCUACUCUCGAGUCACCUCGGUAAUAGCCUAUGGGUCUCUGUUAAACCCCGAGAAUCUUAUAGCCCUCGGCAAUGUUCUUUAAUUAGUAGACAAACCUCUUUAUAAUGUAAAGUAUAAAAGCAGAACGAUCCUGUAAUAACUUUAAACCUCUUGUUUCACCA